AUGUCUGAAUAUGAAGAACUUGUAUCUGCAAUAAUUAUAGAUAAUGGUUCGGGUACUACUAAAGCUGGAUUAUCUGGAGAUGAUGCACCUAGAUCUUGGUUCCCAACCAUCAUUGCAAGACUACGGACACCUUCUGAAUUGUUUGGAAUGAAAAAAGAUUGUUAUGUAGGAGAUGAGGCAGUUUCAAAGAGAUCGUAUGCUGCAAUGAGAUAUCCAGUGGAACGAGGAGCUAUUGUGAAUUGGGAUGAUAUGGAAAAGCUGUGGCAUCAUGUUUUUUACAAUGAGCUUCGUGUUGCACCUGAGGAACAUCCUGUUCUAGUCACAGAGCAACCUCUCAACCCCAAAGCACUCAGAGAAAAGCUUACUCAAAUCAUGUUUGAAACGUUCUCAGUUCCUGCAUUCUAUGUUGCUAUACAAGCAGUGCUAUCGCUCUAUGCUUCUGGUCGAUCAACAGGUAUCGUCAUCGAUUCAGGUGAUGGAAUAACUCACAUUGUCCCAAUAUAUGAAGGUAAUGCUUUGACACACGCAAUUGGUCGGUUAGAAAUAGGUGGUCGAGAACUAACAGACUAUAUGAUGAAGUUACUUACGGAGCGUGGUUAUUGCUUCACUACAACCGCAGAGCGAUCGAUCGUUUGUGACAUUAAGGAGAAGCUUGCCUACGUUUCAUUGAAUUACGAAAGUGAAUUGGCUACAGCUUCCACCUCAACAACACUCGAUAAAUCAUAUGAAAUACCUGGUGGAGAUGUGAUCACGUUAGGAAGUGAACGAUUCCUUUGUCCAGAGGCAUUGUUUAAACCAUCACUGCUUGGUGUCGAAUCAGGUGGAAUUCAUACAAUUACUUAUAAUUCGAUCAUGAAAUGUGAAAGUGAUAUUCGAAAGCAUAUGUAUGGUAAUGUUAUUUUGGCUGGUGGUUCAACCAUGUUUCCAGGAAUAUCAGAUCGUCUGCAUAGCGAGUUGGGAUCAUUGGCACCUCAAGGUAUGAAGAUCAAAGUAAUUGCACCUACUGAUCGAAAGUUCUCUGCAUGGUUGGGUGGUUCCAUCCUAACAUCUCUUGAAGUCUUCCAAGAAAUGUGGAUGUCCAAAGAAGAAUACGACGAAUCUGGUCCAUCUUUUAUUCAUAGAAAAUGUAUUAAAUACCCAAGCGUUGAUGAAAUGUAUAGUAAUUAA